CCGGAGCGGGAGCGGGAGCGGGAUCGGGAUCAGUACCGGGAUCGGGACCGGGAGCAGCCCCGGGAGCGGGGCGGGAGCGGGUCCCGCCGCUCUGCCCGCCCUGGGUUUCCCGCUGUCUCCUGUCCUGUCUCGUUUCCAGGGAUGAUCCCGUGCCCGUGGGAUGGACGGGAGCACCUUGCCAGCAGUGGCGGAAGAGCUCUUGAGAGAGAUCAAAAAGGCUUUUGAGGAGACCUCGCAGGUCCCUGAUGACCUGCUGCUGGGGCUGAAGUUCAUUUUUGGCCCAUCUGCAGUCCCAGCUCUGGAUUUGGUGGAUCAGCGUUCUGUCACCCGGGUCAGGUCCCCCAGUGGAAGGAUUCUCUACCAGGUCCUUGGGAGCUCAGGCAAACUCUACACCUGCUACAGCUCCUGCCACUUCUGCACCUGCCCUGCCUUUGGCUUUUCUGUGCUGCAGAAGAGCGAGAGCCUCCUGUGCAAACACAUCCUGGCUGUCUACCUCAGCCAGGCCCUGGGAGCCUGCCAGGAGCUGGCUGUGUCUGAGGAGCAGCUCACAAACAUCCUCCUGGCUGAGGAAGAGGAUGAAGGAUGAAGGAGGAAGAAUUUGGAUCACUCCUGGCUGUGCGACUGGCAUUUUUAAUAUCAACAAGGCUGUCAAAUGCUCAUUGAGGCUGGUAGAUUUCUUCCUGUGCUGCAGCCAAGUGUGAUAUUAAUUAGCAGCCUGGCACUGAUAAAUUAAUUAAUUAAGCCUGUGUUGACUUCAGUUUUAUUUAUUGAUGCCGUUUUUGGGAUUUCUGAAGAUGUUUGAGCUAAUCUGUAAUGAUUGUGAUGUGAGGAUGCAAACAGUCCUGCAGGUUUUAGUGAUCCACAGAUUAAAGAGCUGCUGUGGCUCUUUGCAGGUGGCAGCUCAGAGCAAUUUCUGAUUUUUCAGUGGCAAACCUGGUCCAGGGACUAGGGCAGGGACCCCUCAGCACCCUGAGACUGGUGACAGCUCUGUGCCUCCACUGGAACGGGAUCUUUGGAAGCAUCAGCGUGGUUGAUGUGCUUUAAAUCAAACAUUUUCAGACACACUGAGCACCUCAAGGCUGCUUCUCUGGGAGCCAGCUCCUUGCAGCUGUGAUUCCCUGGCCAUGCUCUGUGCUCCCUGAGGGCACUGUGGCCUCUCCUGCUGCAUCAACCACCAGAAAUAAUGGGGCACAGGCUGAGCCAGGCGGUGGGGGUGGUAAAUGAAGCAUUUUGGAUGAAAAUAAGAGCUCCUGUAAAUACAAAAUCCCAGCAACAUGAGGAGAACACUUCCACCCAUGUACAGCAGAGCAGGGACAGCUCAAUGGCCGCAGCUGCACUGGCUACAGAAGGUUCCUCUGCUGCUUUUGCUUCACAUUUUUAUGAGAAAUGAGCUUUUUAUUGAGGGGGGGCAAGGGAGGUGUCCUAUUUUUAUUUUGCCUUGAAAUAUGUUUGGCUCAAAUCCACGAAGGCACUUCCUGUGCCGGUGACCAUGACCUGGGCCAGAGUUAUUGCCUGGCAGCCCAAAGGCACGGCUGGACUGAGGGAGCUCCAUCCACCUGCAGGAAUUCUGGCUCCUGAGAGGCAUGGGAAGGGAGCACCGGUGGAUGCUGGGCUGGUGGAAGCUCUCACAUGUGGACAAAUAUUCUGGGACCUUCUGUCUGGGUGUUACAGCACUGAGGGUUUCGCUCUGUUGCUGCUGUGAGUUUGGGUGGGUUUCAGGCAGCCAAAGGGAGAGAUUCCAUCCUUUGUUGUGAGGAUAAAUGUGGCUUGCCACCACUUGGCAGCACUGCCAGGGCUGCAGGUGAAACCCUGCUGGUUUCCAGCCCUGAUUAACAGGAGGAACAGGGCCAGAGAUAACCCAGAAGGAUGAGGGAGGAGAGGCAGGCCCUGCCCAGAUGGCAGGAGGUGGCCCCGGGUCAGCUGGGCCCUGGCCAAGGCAGGUGCAGCAAAGCUGAGUGGGGCUGGUGAAGAAGCACCUGGGACAGGGACUUGAACUGCUCAGGCUGGUGCUGGAAGCGCCCAUAUCUGAGACACUGGGCUGCAGUGAAUUUGGACAUUGCAUAAACAUUGCAAAGCCAUUCAGGGCUCUCUGGUGAUUUCAGCCAGGUCUGGGGCUGAGCUGCUCCAAAGGCAGUGAAAUCCUGCACUCCCAGGGACCCAUUCCCUGUGCAUGGUGGGCCCAGAGUCAUUCCUGCAGCUGCUCCCUGCAGCUCUUGCCAGCUGGCCCAGGAGAUGCUGCAGGAACAAGAUUUCUUCAGCUUUUCAAUUGAUUUUACACCGUAUUUGUCAUUAUAUAUGCCAGAGAGAUGAAACUCUUGGGGUCUUGUACGCCCCUUUUAGUGCAACAGAAUUUUUAAAAAUAUAGAGUUGAUUUCUGUGUGAUUCAAGUGCAAUUUUUCAGGGAUAAAAAUAUGAAAAUUACUAUUGGGGGGGAAAAAAGCAUUCACAGCUUCUGGGGGUUACAGGGCUGCAGGGGUGCCCCAGCCAGACCAAGCUUUGGGAGUCAGGUGAGCUGCAGCAUCCACCUCUCACAGCUGAAACCUGCCCUUGUGGAAGCUCUGCGAGGCCAGCAGAGCAAAAACCCAAUUGUGGAGCUCGUGUCCCCAAGGCAGAGCAAAAACCCAGUUGUGGAGCUCGUGUCCCCGAGGCAGAGCAAAAACCCAAUUGUGGAGCUCGUGUCCCCGAGGCAGAGCAAAAACCCAAUUGUGGAGCUCGUGUCCCCGAGGCAGAGC